UGUUUGUUAUGAUUGGUUUCAUUUUCAAAACCUCUUUGUCAUUCUCAUCAUGUUUUGUCGAACUUCAAGUCCUUUGGUGGAACAAUUUAUAUAAACAAAUUCCCUUUCCCACUUCAGCCCCACCAAGCUAAAGGGAAAGGAGAGUUUGGUUUGGUUACUUGGAAUACAAGAAACAAAAUGAGUCUCAAUUGUCUUUCCUGCAGCCAAGUUUUGCAAAGGACAGACUCAUUUCAAGAGGUAUUCCAAGAAGAAGAAUAUAGGGAAAGAAACAAAAAGGUCGCAAGGACAUGGUCGGGAAAUAUACCGCCACCGAACAAAGAGAUGAUCAAAGGCGGAGCUCUGGACAAGAUUAAGGCCGGUCAUCGCCGCACUCAUAGUACGGGAAAUAUUCCUUUUUCGAGCAAUGGACCAAAGUUGGUGAGGAGUAGUGGAAUGAGAAGAGAUUGGAGUUUUGAGAAUUUGGCUGAGAUACAACAAGACCAAAGAGUGACUUGCAAUUAA